AUGGUGAACGAGUAUUGGGUAACUCGGCGCGGCAUGGCGUACGGGCUUCUGUGCAGCGCCUCUGGUGUCUCCGGCUCGGUGCUGCCCAUCAUUGCCGAAACGUUGCUCGACAGAUACGGCUACAAGGUCGCCUUGCGCGCCAUUGGCGUCGGUCUCAUCGUGCUCACCGGGCCCCUCAUUCCUUUCCUCAAGGGCCGGCUCCCUGUUUCGGAGCACAGCACAACAGCGAGGACGGAUUGGACGUUUCUUCGAAACCCUCUCUUCUGGGUUUACACUGUGUCGAAUGUCCUGCAAGGGCUGGGAUACUUCUUCCCAUCGCUCUACCUACCGUCCUACGCAUCCUCGGUUGGGCUCAGCAGCCGACAAGGUGCUUUGCUCUUGGCAUUGAUGAGCGUCGCGCAGACAGCAGGCCAGCUGCUGUUCGGAUUCUUGUCUGAUCGCAACAUACCGAUCAAUGCCCUGGCGACGGCCGCGACGGCCGCGGCGGCGAUGGCAGCGCUGACGCUCUGGGGACUGGGACGCUCGCUCCCCCCGCUGGCUAUCUUUGCCAUCGUGUACGGCUUCUUCGGCGGAGGGUACACGGCGCUCUGGGCUCGGAUGAGCACGGCGGUGAGUCACAAUCCGUCGGCCAUGCCCAUGAUCUUCGGCACGUUCAACUUUGGCAAGGGCAUCGGCAACGUCCUGGCGGGGCCGAUCAGCGGAGGUUUGAUGGCAAACGCGAGAUCCGAUGACAUGUAUGGGAUGCUGAAGUAUGCCGGGAUUGUGUCGUUUACUGGUGGAAGCAUGUUGUUGAGUGCGUUUGCAAUCGUGUCGUGGUACGCGCGACCGCUACUGAGAGCAACAACGGCCUAG